AUGUCUGGAAUUAAGCUUAUCCUGCUACUUUUUCAUAUCUGCAUCGUAUAUGGAGUGGAGGCAACCAAAUGUAAUUUAAUGACGACAUCAUGUACCCGUCGCCAAAAAGAUUGGCAUUUCAAUAAUCUAAUCGGAAGAUGUGAGAGGUCUACAUCAAGUUUCUGUGGAGGGAAAGAUAAUACAUUUUCAACAUUCCAAGACUGUCAACAGGCUUGCGAAAUGGAGGAAAUUAUAACCGCCCAGGACUGUCGGAUGGACUUGAACAGGGGAAUGUGCGAACAUAAAAAGAAAGGAAGGCCAAAAAAAGCAGUUUCCCGGUGGUACUUCAACAGCACCGACUCCGAUUGUCAUAAGUUUAUGUGGCAUCGUUGUAGUGGCAACAGAAAUAACUUUCCUACGAAACAAGAUUGCAUGGUAUGCCAAACAGUAGCCAUGCCAACUACGUCAACUACGCCAGCUAGGCCAACUACGACGGCUACGCCAGCUACGCCAGCUGAGACGACUCCCCCGCCUGAGUCAGCUACGCCAACUACGCCAACUACGCCAACUACGCCAGCUACGAUGACUCCCCCGCCUGAGUGCUGA